UGCGCGGUACUCCGCGCGUUUCUACAGUUCAAGAGGUCUGGUAUUGUUUUGCUUUAUCAGCUCAUGCAGUACGCAUGAUUUGCACUAUUUCGUCACGAUUUGUGAAAGUGAUUGCCAAGGCCGUUCACUGUCUGGCCAAAAUAGGAGAUGAGCUUUACGUCGAAGCUCUUUCCACUGGAUUGUCCUUGAGAACAGUCAAUUCUGCACGUUCCGCUUAUGCUUGCUUUCUGUUCUUGCCUGCUUUCUUCCACACAUAUGAUCUGAGCGUUGAAAGCGGAUCUUCUUCACAAGAUGUACAGCAGAAGUGCAAAAUUGCUAUGAAAUCAUGUCUGAAUGUGUUUCGAUCACCGCAGAUGAUGGAUAAGAUUGUUGACACGUGUCAAAUAAAACUGAAUGUGAAAACUUCUCGAUUGGAUUUUAUUCUGAACUACAGAUUUGGCAUGGUAAAGACAUACAAUCUUUACUUUCAAGAGAGUGAAACACUGCAGGCUGUCUUCUCGAAAGACAUGUGUCCCAAUACCUUGUCAGCAUCAUCUAAACUUCUUUUAGAUACCAUUAGUAAUUUUAGACAACAGCAGGAAGAAGUAACUUUGAUCAGUGAUCCUGAGAUCUUGAAGAUGAAGAAUUAUGUUGAUGACGAUGAAGAGUCAAAUCGUGUGUUGCUGACAGAGUUGACGCUUGAUCCUGAAGAAUUUGACUCGUAUAACAUAGGAGUGAACAGUGAAAUCACAUUUUGUCUGAAAGAAUUAAGGGCUGUCGUUAUGUUUGCAGAGUCUGUCAGUCAGCCAGUAUCAUUACAUUUUGAGACUGCAGGAAAACCUAUAGUGCUGGGACUGAAAAGUGAGAAUGCAUUUCAAGCUGACUUUGUAUUAGCAACUUUAGUAGAAGAUGUUGCACCUCAGUCACAGGAAACAUCACAAACCGUCAACUUAACUCAACAAACCGACAUAACAAAACAUCGAACAUCAACUCCUGCUGCCAAUGCCAGACACAUCCCUACACCACCUGGCAAUAGUGAUGACGCAAUAGCGGACGAUGCCUCAUUUGAAAAACAACUUUUCUCUCAAGAUAUAUCAGAAAUUCCUAAAGCUGCUUCUCCAAACUAUGAAGAAGCAGAACCAAUGAAAGUAAAGAGUGAUAGUCAAGAAAAGCAGAGUCAAAUAAACCAUUCUGUCGACAUGAUUGAACCUUCACAAGACGUUUCAUGUACAGCAGUGGGCAAAAUUGCUCUCCCGCAUCCACAGCCUUCAAAAAAUAAUAGUGACAAUGAAUAUGAUUUUAUUCCAAAGACACCUCCACAGAAGAAGUUCAAAUCUGCCUUCUUUGGACUUGGGGUGUUUGGUGGUGAAAUGAAGCAACCGAGUGGUACAAAUCAAGCAGAAGUUUUAGCAUCAGAUACAGAUGAUGAGAGUUGACGGUUUAUAUUAAAGAUGGAUCAAACUACUGUACAUGGGCCACUCCAGAAGAAUGACCUUGCAGAAGGGAUAAUUUAAUACUAGCCAUCAGUAGCCAGUCUUGUUGUGAUGCUAUUCUUUUUUGGACAACUUUGUUCUGUUUGAAAUUUUGAUGGAGUUAUUACUGACAACAGUGAGUGUUAUACAAUGACACUCAACACAUACUGUACUCAUUUCUACAUUCACUACUUGAAUUUUGCCCAUAGUAAGCCACACACAAUUAUGGGUUGCCAUAAUUUA